CUGAAACUUGGCAUAGUGGGCAGCCAACUUGGUUAUCUUCAAGAAUAAGCCCCUUGUUUCUUAAUUCAUCCCUCACCGGAAUGCCACCAAUCCAUUCAUAACUCUCCACCCGAUCAGCCACUCCCACUCGGAGUCGAUGGUUAUCAAAUAGAUUCCUCCUAAGAAACACCUUCCACACCCAACCAAAAUCAGUCCAAUCCUUGAAACCAUUUUUAUCAUUAAUAGAUAGAUGAAAAAUUCUUGGGAAGCUGUUUUUCCAGUGAAUCCUGCCCUACCAACACAUCCUCCCAAAAUCUCGUUUUUAAUUUCCUCCGUCUCCCAUUAAAAUUUUUAGCUUACUUGUCGAAUUUACCUCCUUCUCGAAACUGGACCAACCUUUUUUAAUCCAUCCCCAUAGCGACCUUGAAGAGGAAACUGCUCCCGAAGACGGAGACGGAGACGGUGGAAAAAACGAGAUUAUUUAGAUCAUUCACCACACACACAUAUAUGUGUGUGUGUGAAAGAAAAUAAAAAAAUAAAUUAAUUUGGUCAUUUAACACUAUAUAUUUGUAACGUUUUUAACUUGUCUGAUUUAAUUAUAACUUUUAUUUUUGCUAUUACUCUGGUUAAAAUAUAUACCACUAUGCAUUAAUUCAUAGGAAUUGUAUUAUCUAUAUAUACAUUCUUCUUCAUUCUUGUAUUGUCAUCGACAAAGGAGAAAGACAUGGAUACAUUCCAACAGCUGACAAUGGCUUUCCUUUCCUUCACCUUCCUCAUCAUCUUCAUCCACCGGCGGAAUUCCUCGCCGGGAAAGCGCCUGCCGCCGUCGCCACGUAAGCUUCCGGUGAUCGGAAACCUCCACCAGGUCGGCGGUCUCCCCCACCGUUCACUCUACAACUUGUCCCGCCGCCACGGCCCUCUAAUGCUCCUCCACUUCGGCAAUGUCCCGGUCGUUGUGGCGUCGUCGUCCGCCGCCGCUUGCGCGAUAAUGAAAGAUCAAGACACAAUUUUCUCCGACCGGCCAUGGCUCCGAAUCGCCGACCGGCUAACGUACGGGUCGAGGGACGUGGCGUUCGCGCCAUAUGGCGAGUAUUGGCGGCAAGCGAAGAGCAUUUGUGUCGUCCAUCUUUUGAAUACUAAAAGAGUUCAAUCUUUCCGGCGAGUUCGCGAAGAGGAGACGUCGGCGAUGGUGGAGAAGAUCAAGAUUGAAUCGGGGAAAUCCUUGCCGUCCGUUGUGAACCUUAGCGACGCGCUUGUUUCCCUAACAAACGACGUCGUUUGUAGAGUCGCAUUUGGAAGGAAGUAUAGAGUCGAGGAUGGCGAAGGGCGAAGGUUUAAGGAGUUUCUCGGAGAGUUUAUAGAAUUAUUAGGUACUUUGAACGUUGGAGAUUAUAUUCCGUGGCUUCGAUGGAUUGGUCGAAUCGAUGGGACCGACUCCAAGGUCGAAAGAGUCGCAAGGUUGUUCGACGAGUUCUUGGUUUAUGUGAUUGAAGAACAUCGGCGAUCGAGGGAGAAAGGCGAGGCCGGGGGUCUUGAUGAAGAAAAUGAUCUUGAUUUUGUCGAUAUUUUGUUGAAAUAUCAAACCGAAAUUGAAGAGUCGACUACUCUCGUCAAAGAUGAGUCGAUCAAAGCUAUCAUUGUGGACAUGUUCGCCGGCGGAACGGACACCACGGCGUCGCUCUUGGAAUGGGCAAUGGCGGAGCUAAUAAAGAAUCCCGAAGCGAUGAAAAAACUUCAAAACGAGGUGCGAAAAGCAGCUGAAAAGAGCCAAGAAAUCACCGAGGAUGUCGUGGACAAAAUGCCGUAUCUAAAAGCCGUGAUCAAAGAAACUCUACGGCUCCAUUCCCCGAUCCCGUUGCUCGUCGCGCGCCAAUCGACUAAAGAUACCAAAUUGAUGGGCUACGACAUCGCGGCCGGCACGCGCGUAGUGAUAAAUGCAUCGGCCAUCGGCCGCGACCCCUCAUUGUGGGAAAGCCCCGAAGAGUUCAAACCAGAUAGGUUUUUGGACUCGACUAUCGACUUUAAAGGAUUUCAUUUCGAGCUCGUCCCGUUCGGCGCGGGCCGGAGGGGAUGCCCCGGUGUGGCGUUCGCCGUGACUAUAAAUGAGCUGGCGUUGGCUAAAUUGGUGAACGAGUUCGAUUUCUCGUUGCCGGAGAAAAGGGAAGUGACGGAUUUAGACAUGUGUGAAGCUCUUGGAAUCACUGUCCGAAGAAAGAAUCCUCUUGUUGUUGUUGUUACUAAUUCACUCCCGUGAUUUUUAACCUUAUAAGAUUAUCGAUGAAGUAAAUAAUCGUUAAACCUGAAAGUUUAAGUUAUUAAAAUACGUAUCGCUUAUUUAUCUAUCUAUAAAAUGGAGUUAACCAUCAACCUGAAAUUUGUUGUGGACAAUAAGGUAUGAACUUAAAUUUUUCAGAAUCGAGAGAUGUGGUUUUAAAUCGUCGGGUUAAGAUGUUUAAUGUAGUCUACACAAACAAUGAUGGAUAUGUGGAUGAAUUUC